AAAGCCACCAGCACAUCAGCUGAGCAAAGUCAAAACAAGAGGAAACCACAGCGGGGGAAGAAGCACGAAGAGCUUUCGUAUUGCCUGUAACAUAGAGAAAGCGCUGAGAGGGCGAGCUGGCGAGAAGAGGUGAAGAUAAUUUGAAAUUACACAUUCAUUGGGUCAUUUUGGAAACCCAGGAGGAGACAGAGACGGAGCUGGAACGCGUUUGGAGAAGUCAGUCCUCCAGGAACUCACACGCUGCUGAUCUGCUGCUGCCUCCAGAUGGCAGGAAAUGAUCACCGAUAACUGGGGGGAGAGUUUAAGUCUUCGGUCUCACAUCAAGGUGAAAAACUUCCCAUUUGUGACUGAAAAACAGUUUUCCACUUUCCUAAUUUAAAAAUAAACCACCUAUACACGAACAAUGGCAUCCAACAUUCCCGCCCCAGCACAAGAGGUGCCCAAUGGCGGCCCCCCAUCUGUGAAACCGGAAAGCUCGGAGGAGUCCAUGAAGCUGAAGAAGGAGAUCUCCCUCCUGAACGGGGUCUGCCUGAUCGUGGGGAACAUGAUCGGCUCGGGGAUCUUCGUCUCACCCAAGGGCGUCCUCAUCCACAGCGCCUCAUACGGCCUCUCUCUGGUGGUAUGGACCGUCGGCGGGAUCUUCUCCGUCUUCGGAGCCCUGUGCUACGCCGAGCUGGGGACCACCAUCACCAAGUCGGGGGCCUCUUAUGCCUACAUCCUGGAGGCCUUCGGGGGUUUCAUGGCCUUCAUUCGCCUGUGGACGUCGCUGCUGAUCAUCGAGCCGACCAGCCAAGCCAUCAUAGCCAUCACGUUCUCCAACUACAUGGUGCAGCCAGUCUUCCCCACCUGUGUAGCUCCAUACCUGGCCAACAGGCUGCUGGCUGCUGCUUGUAUAUGUUUGCUGACCUUUGUGAACUGUGCCUAUGUGAAGUGGGGCACCAGGGUCCAGGACUUUUUCACCUACGCCAAAGUCAUCGCUCUCAUCGCUGUCAUCAUCACUGGCCUGGUGAAGAUCGGACAAGGUCACACACAGAACUUCGAGAGCCUGUUUGAAGGAUCCUCUCAGGAUCCAGGACACAUUGCUCUGGCUCUGUACUCAGCUCUGUUCUCCUACUCUGGAUGGGACACCCUCAACUUUGUCACAGAGGAGAUCAAGAACCCAGAGAGGAAUCUGCCACUGGCCAUCGCCAUCUCCAUGCCCAUAGUAACAGUGAUCUACAUUCUAACCAACGUGGCUUACUACACCGUCCUCCCGAUCAAUGCAAUCUUAGACAGUGAUGCUGUAGCUGUGACAUUUGCAGACCAGGUGUUUGGUGUAAUGAACUGGACGAUCCCCCUCGCUGUGGCUCUUUCCUGCUUCGGAGGACUCAACGCCUCCAUCCUGGCUUCCUCCAGACUGUUUUUCGUCGGCUCCAGAGAGGGGCACCUGCCCGACUACCUGUGCAUGAUCCACGUCCACCGCUACACGCCCGUCCCCGCCCUGCUCUUUAAUUGCAUCAUGGCUCUGAUAUACCUGUGUGUAGAAGACGUCUUCAGGCUGAUCAACUACUACAGCUUCAGCUACUGGUUCUUUGUUGGUCUGUCCAUUUUGGGGCAACUGUAUCUGCGGUGGAAGCAGCCGGACAGAAAGAGACCUCUAAAGCUUAGUCUAUUCUACCCCAUCGUUUUCUGUCUCCUCACUGUCUUCCUGGUGGUGGUGCCGCUCUACAGUGACACCAUCAACUCCCUGAUCGGCAUCGGCAUCGCCCUCUCAGGAGUGCCCGUUUACUUCCUCGGCUGCUACACUCCGGCCCACAAGAGGCCACUGUGGCUACGGAGCCUCAUUGCUAAAUCCGGCUUGGUGAUUCAGAAGGUGUGCUACUCUGUCCUGACUGAAAUGGAUGACAAGAUGGAGUAGAUGUUUGGUUUUAACAGCCUGCCGGAGACUGACGCCGCACAAACACAGAGGCUCAACCUGAACAUGUCCCGGAUGCUCGCUGCCGCGAGGCGUCAAUGGACAGACAUUUGGGCUUGAGCUGGACCCCAGCUCUCUGACCUGUCAAUCGUUACCCGGUGACAGUGUUAAUGAACGUGUGAACGACAGCGCCCGGGUGCUUCUUGACAAGCUUUCACCCUGUCUGAGCCUUCAGAGAGAACAUUUCAGAGAAACACCUGUUUCUAUUACAGAACUGUACAUAUUAGUAGAGACUAUUUAAUUCAUAUGUCUAGACAAGUAUUUUGGUGGAAAUUACAUUUAUGAAAUACUUUUUGAUUUUACUAAAAGGUGGCAAAUUAUUAUGGUUAACAUCUUUAAAACUGAAUGCACUGCUGACCAUAGACACAGUCUUGGUAUUAUUAUUAUUAAUGUUAUUUGCACAAAGAAAAUCAAGUGGUAAAAGAGACUAGAAUAUGUUUCCACAUUUACAAAUGUGGAUAAAGUUGAUGAACAGUUUUAUACUGUCAGCUGUGAGGUCUAGUGAAGGGCUACUCUUACCUAAACUAACAAAUUACUUCUGCAGCGUCUGACUCAAACAUGCAAACUGUUAAAUGUGAAAGAGUUGAGUUGCAAACAUGUAUUUAUAAUAAAAUUACUUGUUGACAACA